AAUUAGACAAGAUGGAAGGGAUUUAUGGUAGUGUUCAAGGCAGUAUUAGCAGACUUCAUCCCUCUUUUAACAAUCAAACCAGACUCAAUUAUCUCAUAGGAAAAGCCAAACGUGCGAAAUAUCCAUUCAGUCAGGAUAUUUAUGAUUUUGAUCAUCUGUAUGACAACGUAUCAAUCACGACAACUUCAACAGCUAAAUCGAUGCAAGCUUCAAGUGUGUCCAAGGCGCCAUUAAGGAAUGCAUUCAUUGAACGUUACAACAAAACCCUACCCUUUGCUCGGGUCUUCACGGAUGUUGAGACCGCUAAUGCGUAUGAGCACAUAUUUACAGAAGUCUUUUCUGUUGUAGAAAAUGAUACGGGUCGCAGAUUGAGAUUUCAGCACAUUGAUGGUGAGGGCAUUCAAAAUCUCGUUGCGGAUGCUCACAAGGGACAGGCAAAAG